AUGGUCAGAUCUUUACUCCGCCGUUUCGCCAUGAGUACAUCUACUGCCGCCAAAAAAGUCGUCCAGCCACCUUGGUACAAACCCACAACGCCUGCAGGCGAAAACCAGCCAUUCAAGCUUUACAACUCCCUCACAAGAAACAAAGAAGAGUUUAUUCCUUUGAAACAUAACCAUAUCACUUGGUAUUGCUGUGGACCCACGGUUUACAACCAUGCCCACAUGGGCCACGCACGUAACUACGUGUGCAGUGACAUCUGCCGUAGAAUCUUGCAAGACUACUUUGGGUUCAAUGUGGAGUUUGUUCAGAAUGUGACUGACAUCGAUGAUAAGAUCAUUGUGGCUGCUCGUCAUGAGUACCUUUUCGAGGAGCAGAUGGAGAAGAAGUAUCAGCAAGUGGAUGCAGAGCUUUUGAAGAAUACUACCCAAUUUUUGCGGGACUAUGUGGGUAAAAACUUGCCUGAGUUCAAGGGAGAUCUUAGCGAGUUUGUGGCUUGGGUCGACUCUUUGAACCUUGUUGAACUCGCUGUUAAUCAGCCUAAGUUGCCUAUGUACGCUAAGGCUGCCAAGGAUGCACACAAUGCCAUUUUCAAGCCAGAGAGUGACAUCUCCAAGUUUUUGGCAGCAGUGAAGGACGUCCUGGUUCCUUCUUUGGACAAGUUGCACGGCUCAACGGUGACGGACCCUUCUAUCUUCAAGAAGCUUCCUGCGUUUUGGGAAAACAAGUUCAACCAGGACAUGGAGCGCCUCAAUGUGCUCCCGCCAACUUUGACCACUAGGGUGAGCGAGUAUGUGCCUGAUAUCAUUGCAUUUGUCGACAAAAUCAUCGCCAACGGAUUCGCUUACGCCACAAGUGACGGCUCUGUCUACUUUGACACGGUAAAAUUUGAAAACGACCCACACCACGAAUACGCCAAGUUGCAGCCUUGGAACAAAGGCUCCUUGGACCUCAUCAAUGAUGGUGAAGGUUCCCUUUCUGUGGACGGCUCAGGCAAGAAACUGCCUGCUGAUUUCGCUCUUUGGAAAGCUUCAAAACCUGGUGAGCCAGCUUGGGACUCCAAAUGGGGUCCUGGAAGACCUGGAUGGCACAUUGAGUGCUCGGUGAUGGCAUCAGAUAUCUUAGGCGAGGUUAUUGAUAUUCACUCGGGAGGUGUAGACUUGUGUUUCCCUCACCACGACAAUGAGCUUGCCCAGUCUGAGGCGUGCUUCAAUAACAAGCAGUGGAUCAACUACUUCAUGCACAACGGUCACUUGCAUAUCCAGGGCCAGAAAAUGUCCAAGUCUUUGAAGAACUUCAUCACCAUUGAAGAAGCAUUGCAGACAUACUCUUCCAGACAGCUCAGACUUGUGUUUGCAUUCGGCAACUGGGACAAACCCAUCGAUUUCAAAGAUUCGCUAAUUAACGAGGUCAAGGCGUACGAGUCGACCUUAUCGAAGUUUUUCACUAACGUGCGUGCGUUGAACACCGACUACAGACACUCUGUCUCCGAAGGCAAAUAUAUCUCCAAAAGAGCCGGUGAUGUUGAGAAACAACUUCUCGAGCAAUUGGCUCAAGCACAGACCGAGACUCACGCAGCUUUCUCCGACAACUUGUCGACGCCCGUGGUUUUGCGUGUAAUUCUGGAGUUGGUGUCCAAGACAAACACAUAUAUCCAGUCCACAGUCACUGGAGAGAACGAGUUGAGACUUGAGCCUGUGCUUGCCAUUACUAGGUGGAUUGUCAAGAUCAUGGAUAUCCUUGGUUUCCCUGCUAGACCAGAUGGCCUCGGCUGGCUGGACGGAGAAGAAGGCGCUGAGUCUGCUGGCUCAAUGGAAGAAGUGGCCAUGCCAUAUGUGAAGGCGUUGUCUCAAUUCAGAGAUGCCGUCAGAGAGCUUGCGAAAGCAAAGGCGGACUCCGGCGCUUUCUUGAGUGCCUCUGACGCCUUGCGUGCUGACUUGGUCUCGCUAGGUAUUUCUCUCGAUGACAGACCCAAUGGCGGUGCCCUUGUGAAGUUUUUGAACGAGCAAGAAAGAGAAGAGUUCCUCAAGCAGCAGGAGCAAAAGAAGGAGCAGGCUGCACUCAAGGAAAAGAAGAAGCAAGAGCAGGCUGCAGCCAAUGCAAAAAAGGAGCAGGAACGUCUCGAGAAGGCCAAAGUCGACCCAAAGACCAUGUUCCACGAUAAGUCAUUGUAUUCUGAGUGGGACGACGCAGGACUCCCAACAAAAACCGCUGCUGGAGAGGAAGUAACCAAGAGCAUGAGAAAAAAGUUGGCAAAGCAGCAACAGCAGCAGGAAAAGCUUCACAAUGAAUACUUGAAAAGUCAGAAUGGCGCCUAA